AGUUUGAUGUUUAAAAAAACAAAAAGGAGAUAUUCAAUGAUGUGUUGUGUCCCCUCUUCUUCAAUGUGUCUGGAAACGUCAUGCUGCAAGCGGAAGAGACAACCCCAGGUCUUCAUCAGGAUCAGGAUGCAUGUACUGCUUCUCAAAGAGCCAAGAGAGGGGGAGUCUGGACCUGAUCCUUACAUUAAGGAGCUGGCCUCACAUGGACACAAAGCAACCCUUAUUCCAGUGUUAUCUUUUAAGUUUGUCUCAUUAAACACCUUAUCAGAUAAGCUCUUCCAGCCAGAAAAACAUGGAGGUCUAAUCUUUACGAGUCCAAGAGCAGUGGAAGCUGUGACAAUGUGCUUGGAAGCUGAAGAAAGAAGAGAAGAAUGGAACAACUCUGUGAAAGACAAGUGGAACAUGAAGUCCAUCUAUGUGGUUGGGAAGGCGACUGCUGCACUAGUACAAAAUCUGGGUCUAAACCCCUUAGGCGAGGACACAGGGACCGCAGAUGUCCUAUCACGUGUCAUCAUUGAACGAGAGGACACAAAUAUCCCCCCUCUUUUUUUCCCCUGUGGCUCAAUCAAAAGAGAAGUGUUGCCCACGGCGUUAAGAGAAAAUGGAGUGCCUCUGGAGACGCUGACUGUCUAUCAAACCUCCGAACAUCCAGAUCUGGAGAAAAAUCUGAAGAACUUUUUCAAAGAGCAGGGCACACCAGCCAGCAUCGCUUUCUUCAGCCCUUCAGGAGUGAAGUUCUGCCUGGAUGUGGUGCGGAGGCUGUCGGGUGAACAGCUGACUCAGAUAAAGUUUGGAGCCAUAGGGCCUACUACAAGAGAUGCUAUGACAGCAGAAGGCCUGUGUGUGAGCUGCACUGCAGACAAACCUACACCAGAGCACCUGGCUGCUGCAAUAGCUGAAGCUCUACAGGAACAACCUGCAGGCUCUUAAAUCCAACCACUUUGUGUUCUCUUUGCUGUUUAACUUAUGUGUACAGUCAUCUGUUUUCUUCUGAGGUUUUUCUGACUUUUUUUGCAUGUACAUAUGCUGAUUUGCACUUUAAAAGUAGCUUUCUGUGACUUAAAGUUUAAAAAUGUGACUUAAAGCUCCUGUGAGGAACUUUUUAGAUUGCAUAGAUAUGGGCGCCCCCUGUGGACAAAGAAUUACCUUUAAUCUUUCCCCUGAUUUUUUCUUAUACACACAUUCAUUGUGUGUUUUAACCAAGAGUCUCAUCCUGAUUUCUUUUAAUACAGGAAAUAUUUAAAAAAGCAGUUUUGGCAGCGUUCACUUCGUCCGACACCUACCCUGCUGCAGCAAUUUAAGACAUACAAAAUACCCAAAUAAACCCCAUCAAUCUGUAGGUGCCGUGCCCGAUGCUGCCAUUAUUUGUGCUGGCCAUGCCUAAUUUCUAUUCAAACCUAAUGUGAUUCAGCAUUUCCAGCGCAAAAAAUGCCCUCUGCGUCAGCUGAUUUUUAUCGCAGCUCUCUCAUUUGAAAAAAGUUCAACUUUUGGAUCACCACUGCGCUCAAUAAUUUCACUUCUUAAUCACUGACCAGUCAGAAUCAAGAAGGGGCGGGACUUCUGGAAUCAAAUUUGUCAACAACAAUGGCAGAGGUCCAUACGAAGGAGAAACUUAAUCACACUUGUUUUUUAGAGGUACAAUUUCUGAGUUUGUUGCUUCUAAUGCUAUGACAUGAUUUGUAUCAAUAGUUUUUAUAGUCUAUAGUAAAAUGCCAUUGAAUGAAAGCAAGGAGGAAGUAUGAAGUAUACAGAGCAUUUCAAAGCAGACCUAAUGACUAGGUAUGAAGUUAAAAUUCUUGACAUGUAAAUUACAUAAUUUUCCUAAAAAGCAGUGAAGGACUGAAGGCCAAACCCGACUUUAGGGUUUUGGUGGUUUAGAUGCUUAGAAACACUGGAUAUGUUUUGGAAAGCCAAAAUACUUUCACAAACAACCCCUUUACCCCUUCCAGCACCUCUCAAAUACACACACACACACACACACACACACAAACACACGCCCCGCUUCACUACUUAGGAAAGCGGAAGUGCCACGGGACUACUAGCAGCAGCAAACGCUGGUGAGAAGCGCUCAUAAAUUAAAGUCUUGGGCCCUCCGAGUGCAAAAAAUGGCGUCAGUGGACACGGCACCUUAUUCUGAUGGUCUUGUUGGCCUUAUAAGGCCAUAACGAGGCAUCAGUAUUAAUUUCAGUCCGUUUCAUAACCAGCUAAAAACUCCUCACAGGAGCUUUAAUAUAUUCUAUUUAUGCUCAGUUUGUUCAAGGAAGUUGAGAAUGUAAGAUUUGUUUUUGAGAAUAAACUCCGGCCAAUGUGAUGAUUGUUGAAGGCCUGAUCAUU